AUGGAGUAUUCACAAUCUACACGAUCGAGGAUACGAUAUACAUUUCACUCAGUAAUAGCAAUCUCAUACUUAGUGCUAUUUCUGAUAGGUAUAUUUUUCAGUUUUGUCUUACCUGAAGAUGUCAAAGAACAUCAAAAAAGGACUAUUUACCUUUUGAAUUCCAAGAAUUUUAUCAAUUCUAUCUUUGCUUAUAAAGGAAAUUUAGUUUGGACGAUACUAUUUAUUUAUUUGGCGAUUGUUCAAAUAUAUAUUCAUACCCAGGAUUUUGAAUUAUUGCCAACUUCAAACGUGAGAGAUAAUCGAAGUUUUUCAUAUGCAAGUAGUAAUGUAGGAAAAUAUACAAAGCAAUACGUUGUUAAAUAUAUUCUAAAAAAUUUCAUUCUCUUUGUUUGUUUCAUGAUAAUUGAUGAAAUUUUUAUUUUUUCAGGUGGUCAGUGUAGUAGUGGUGACGAGAACACAGGAUUACGUUCUGCUGAAGCAUGUCGUAAAACUGGCGGAGAAUGGAGAGGUGGUUUUGAUAUAAGUGGUCAUUUUUGUUUUCUAAUGAAUAUAAGUUUAAUACUAUGGUGUGAGCUAUUUAUAUAUUUCGAUUAUGUUAAGAAGAAGAAUAUUCAAAAUUUUAUAAAUUGGUGGAUUACAAAUGGAAUAAUCGUUAUUUUGGCAGUAUUGAUUGCAUGGACAAUGUUAUUAUGUAUCACUGCUAUAUAUUACCAUACUCUGAUGGAAAAAAUACUGGGAUUUGUAUUGGGUUAUAUUUGCUUUUAUGUAAUGUAUCAAAUUAUCCCUAACCAUCCUCUACUAAAUAAAUAUUUAUAUUAG